UCUCGGAACCGCGCUUCAACAGUCGAGCGAGUUUUGACACAAGGUUUAGAAGCGUCGAUGUUACACAUAGUGCGCUCGUCUUGUACAAUUAUAUACCGAAUUAAACAUUAACUAUCAGGCGGAGCGAAAGUGUUCCAGGGUCUAACUUGGGCCAGCAGCAAUGUCAGGGUCGUGCGAUGGCUCUAUGAUCGACGUCUCCAGCGAUAGCUUCUGGGAGGUUGGGAACUACAAGCGCACAGUGAAACGGGUCGAUGAUGGCAACAGACUAUGUAACGAUCUGAUGAACUGUCUUCAUGAGCGGUCACGCAUUGAAAAGGCCUACGCACUGCAGCUCACAGAAUGGAGCAAGCGUUGGCAGCAGCUUAUAGAGAAAGGCCCUCAGUAUGGCACGUUGGAGCGGGCAUGGUCUGCGCUGUGCACGGAGGCAGAGCACGUGAGCAAACUCCACAUGGAGGUGAAAGCGGCACUGAUGGGAGAAGACUACGAGAAGCUGAAAAACUGGCAGAAAGACUCCUACCACAAACAGAUGAUUGGUGGCUUCAAAGAGACGAAGGAGGCUGAUGACGGCUUCCGCAAAGCUCAAAAACCCUGGGCGAAAAAACUCAAGGAGGUGGAAACCAUGAAAAAGACUUACCAUUCAGCCUGCAAGGAAGAGAAGCUGGCAGCCAACAGGGAGACUAACAGCAAGCUGGAAAGCAACAACAAUCCUGAAGCCCAGAAAAAGCUCCAGGAAAAGGUGGAGAAGUGUCAGCAGGAGGUGCAGAAGACGAAGGAGCGCUAUGAAAAGUCUCUGGAAGAGCUCGACAAGUUGACCCCUCAGUAUAUGGAAAACAUGGAACAGGUCUUCGAACAGUGGCAACAGUUUGAACACAAGCGUAUAGUCUUCUUUAAACAGCUCCUGCUGGAUGUUAAACAACACCUUGACCUCUCAUCCAACCACAGAUUCCAGACAGUCUACCACACGCUGCAAGACACAAUCUCUGCUACUGAUGCUGAGGAGGACCUCAAGUGGUUCCGGUGCAAUCAUGGCCCUGGCAUGCCCAUGAACUGGCCCCAAUUUGAGAAUUUGGACUGGUCCCAUCCUCGAUCCUUUGCGAGAAGGUCCAUUCGAGACUGGUCCUUCGACCUGAACCGGACACUAAGCAGACGAGAAAAGAAGAAGCCAUCAGACGGAGUGACGUUGACGGGCAUCAAUCAAACCGGAACAGACCAACCUGUUCAGUCUACAAAGACCAGCAGCAGCCUGACUGUGCCCACUAAUACGGCACCGGUGGGCUCAAACCCGUUUGAAGAGGAUGAGGAUGAAGCGGAGGAAGCCGCCACAGAGCAGCAGACCACAAACAACCACAUCAGUGCAGAUAAAGAGGAAAUGAAAACUGUGAGCAGUGCGGAGAAGACGGCAGACUGGUCAGAUGAAGACGCAGCCGCCAACCCUUUCUCCACCAACGGCAACGGAAAUCCUUUCGAGGAGGAGCCGGCGUCCCCGGUCGUCUCUGUGCCCGUUCAAGCCCUCUACGAUUACGAAGGCCAAGAGCAGGACGAACUGAGCUUCAAAGCAGGGGAUGAGUUCACAAAGAUUGGUGAAGAAGAUGAUCAGGGUUGGUGCAAAGGCAGACUCUCAAAUGGACAAAUAGGUCUCUAUCCUGCCAACUAUGUGGAAGACAUCCAGCAGUAAAGUGGGAUAAAUGUGAAGAAGCAAAGAUGAGAAAUGCUUGGUUCUUUUUUUUUUUUUUUUUCCUUGGACUGACGUGGGAGGAGGAAGGGCGAGAGGUUGUAAAUUAUUGAAGGACGACUUGAGCCUCUUGUUGGGAAAUUGACCUUCUCCACAACACCCUGAAUGAUUCCAGAUGAGGAAGAUUAAAUAUAAAAAUGUUGUUCAGACACAUCUGAGAUCUUAGAAUCAUAUUCAUACUGUUACAGAGAUUAUUUGCUGAACCGUUGCUGACAUUCAUGUGAGUUUGCUUAAAAAGAAACACUGGGAUUACAUUUUUCUUGUUACGUUACAUGUUUAUCUGCAGCGCCACUGUGGAUUUGUUAAGGGAGAUGCCGCUCUUUUAUUUUAAAUGUUUUGUUUGCCUCUUUAAGAAUCCAAUUAAUGAGUAUUAGGUUUUUUUUAUGUUACUUUUGGAUGACAUGGAUCCUUACUUAGUGUUGGGGUUAAUGUGUCACAUUUAGCUAGCUUUUAAAUGAAUGAGUUUUUCCACUUAUUCAGUUCAUAACUCUUCUAGUUAAUUUAUUUUAAUUGAUAAAGGUCACACCAGGUCUUUAAUCCUCACAUAGUUUAAUUCAUCAUUUCACAGUGGGGAAAGGCUCCUGUUCUCACUGCAGCUGAAUGUAUGUUAACUGAUUGUAUUUCUAACUCGAUUAUUCCCAUUAGUGAUUUUUUUUUUCUUCCUCUUCUUCCCUCUUUCCAAUCACAUGUUCUCUCACAGCACCUGUUGAGUUUUUUUUUUUUUUUUUUUUUUGGACUUUUUAAAAGUGUAGUCCAGAUUUUGCUAUGAAUCUAGCUGGCACAGUGUUGUUUAUACCUGCAUGUAAAUAGCUUGGAUUGCAACAAAUUAAUCUGUGAGGCCUGUUCUGAAAAAUUUUGACUGUUAAUUUAUAAUGCCACAAGUGCUUUUGUUUUACUCGGUUAGACAGUUGAUGAAUGCUUUGUUGUAUUUGUCAAUACGACAUUUUCCUCCAUUGGCAGUGGGACAUACAGAAAAUCAACUAUUCCUAUUUGAAUAAAUGUAAAAUGUGUGUGUAUAUAUAUUUAAAUAUACACCAUGAAUGAAUAAGCCUCAUUUUGUAAAAUUAACACUUUUUUUUUUCCAAUAUGACAUUUGGGAGAUGAAUUGUGGGCACUAUCACAUUUAUGAGAUCUGUUCAUGACAAUACUGUAUUACAUGCCACAUGGACACAUGUUUACAGUCUGUACUGAGUAAUAAAGGAGCUUUCGGGGCGCAUUGAUUUAAAAACACAGCACCAGCUGUACUGGCACAG